ACCAACAGGUUUUGCGGUUUGAAUUCUUGCGAUUUCCAUUUAGAACAAUUAAUAGAUAAAAACGUUUCCCAAAACCGGUUAAUAAUCUGAUAAAAUGGGGAAAACUCUCAACGAAACGCUUUGUAUUUAAAACGUCGCGAAUUAUAGUAAACACAAUCAUUUUUAUUCAUACGUUUGUGGUCAACAGUGGCACUUAUUCAAACACAAAUUUUAAUUAACUAACAAUGAAGACUUGUCGUAUUUCCUCAGCUACGCUGCUAAUUGUGUGUGCUUUAGCGUUUCUGGUUCAUCAGUACCAUUGCUUUGAAAUUCGAGCUUCUGAAGACUGGGGCGAACCCGAAGUACCGGCAGAGCACAGCUUUCGUGAUACCGAAAAUGACAACAACAACCCUACGUCGGAACAAAAAGAACACGGAACUCUCGAUUUCAUAGGUCGCGAUAUAGUACGAGGGGUGUCUAGAACAUACAAAAAAAUUAAAGAAAAAAUUCGAAAAACGUUUUCGAGUGAAACUAAAGGACUUGAUUGUAACAAAACUCUGGCCGGUGGAAGUACCCAAAGUUUUAAAACUAACAUCGCUGCCAUAUAUCCAGGUACAAAAUGGUGUGGUGAUGGCAACAUUUCAAAAUCUUUCGACGAUUUGGGGAAGCAUUCCAAAGCUGAUAGUUGUUGCAGGGAGCAUGAUAUCUGUCCGGAAAAUAUGGAUGCUGAUUCGACCAAAUACGGUUUAAUGAAUACGGGGCUUUUUACAAGAUCACACUGUGAUUGUGAUAAGAGGUUUUACGAGUGUUUGAAAAAUGCCGAUAGUUUUGUUGCUAAUAGUAUUGGGUAUACGUAUUUUACGAUUUUGGGGCCGCAGUGUUUUAAGCAAGAUUAUCCUGUAAUCGACUGCCUGGAAGAAAGGCGAGGGAAGUGUGAAGAAUAUUUGACAGAUACCGAUGGAGAGAAAAUCUAUCAGUGGUUUGACAGCCCUGUAUAUUAAUAUUUGUUAAAAUGUAUAUAGAUAUGUGUUCGAUUAUAAUUUGUGUACAGUGAACAUUGACAUUUUGUGAUUGUUUUUAUUUUAUAAAUAAAGA